AUGGCUGGCAAUCUGCAAAUCGGGCUAGAAAAUAUUGGAGGUAGAGAGAGGACACAUGUCGGUCUUCUGCAGAUGCUUGUAUGGGCUGGCAUGAUGAAUAGUGCAUAUAUUCACGCCUCAGGCAUCAACGCGAUUUGA